UCACUCGGUGUAUUAAUUUUGUUAAUUUAUGUUAAAUACAAUUUUGGAUAUAGUUUUAUGGAUGAAUCCGAAAGUCUAGUCUGGCCGCCGGAGUACCAUAUAAAAGCGGAGAAGAUUAACCUAGAUGCCGGCAUUGCGGAGACUAUGGAGAUGUGGUCCAGCGCCGCUGUCAACCGCUCCCGUAUCGACUUCUACGGCGGUCUGGUCAAGAAGUAUUACCACUGGGAGACAGAUGAGGAACAUGGAUACGUCUACAGCCUAAUGCCCCAAUCUACAGAAGAAUACCAGAAUAAGAUCACGUGUGGCAUGCAAGUUAUAACAGAUGAGGAAGACAUCGAAUCAAGUCUGCCUAAAAUCGAACAUUAUAAACAUAUAGGCUGCCGCCGACGCAAAGGUGCCUAUCACGCUUGCCACCAUUUAUUUAUUUGUUUAGGUAAUGAAGAAUUGGAGGGGAAGAAAGUGGCGGUAUGGAAGUAUGGAAGGGUAUUCCAGGAAAAAAGAUGGCAGGAGAGAAUUCUGUACACGUACCAGAGUGAUGACUACGAUAUACCUGUCAGAUUCGUAGCCAAGAACUACUUAAUGAGGAACGGCGCGAUGACAGCUCACAUCAUCACCAACUACUACAGCUACGAGCCCAUUGUGGAGGAUGAGGACUUAGAUGAAGGGGACACAGAUGACUGCGAAUAUAUGGGGAGGCUGGGUGAAGAUUUUAACAAAGAUAUUAAGCACCUUCAUCCAGCUAAGGAGACUGAUUUGGAUGUUGCUUUUCAUAGUUACAAAAAACAUCACGGGAAAAGAUACGACAGCGAGACCGAGCACGAAAUGAGGAAAGCUAUUUUCCAUGAAAAUUGGGAAAUGAUAGAACACCAGAACCGUCAGAACCUCGGGUAUAAGUUAUCCCUGAACCAAUUCGCGGACCGCACCUCGGACGAGGUGGAGAUGCUCACAGGCCUCCUCCCAAACCCCCCAGAGCUGGAGGCCACACAUCCCUUCCACUCUGAUGAAGAAGUCAGGAGUCUUGCUCAAGAGUUGCCGGAGAACUUUGAUUUGAGGAUGGAGAGGGUUAUAUCGCCAGUGAAAAAUCAGGCGCAUUGCGGCUCGUGCUGGGCGUUUGCGUCGACGGCGGCGGUAGAGGGCGCUGUAGCGCGCAGCAAUGGCGGUCGGAUCGUCGACCUGAGUGAGCAGUCUCUGGUCGACUGUGCUUGGGGAUUGGGCUGCAUGGGUUGCGACGGCGGCUGGAUGGAGAGCGCCUUCCAAUACAUCGUCAAACAUGGCCUCCCUGUGGAGAAGGAGUACGGCUCUUAUCUUGAACAGGAUGGCUUAUGCCACAAGGACAACAUGACAACCACAUACACCAUCAAAGGCUACUCGAAGCCGACCCCCCACAACCCCCAGGCCAUGAAGGUGGCCCUCUACAAGUAUGGACCAGUGGCUGUCUCCAUCAACUUCAACAAGAAGAUGCGGUAUUAUGACAGCGGCAUCUUCUACGACCCUGACUGUAACAAAGGGCACACGAACCACGGCGUCGUGGUAGUCGGCUACGGAGUUCGCGACGGCACCGACUACUGGAUUAUAAAGAACUCCCACGGCGCCACUUGGGGACAGGCGGGGUACAUACUCAUCUCGGCGAAGGACAAUAACUGCUUCGUUCUAUCUAGACCGGUUUACCCUAUUGUGUAACCCUACCCUAUCUCCUCUACCCUACCCCUAUUGUGUAACCCUACCCUA